AUGCAGUCGAUCAGCUUCGUCGCGAAGGGUCGAUCGCCGGAUUCCACAACCAUGGCUAAUGAAUCUUCAAUUGAAUUCCCACAGGGCGUCUACGAUCCAGUCAGGCGCGUCCAACUCCACCAGGUACCGUUGCAGGAAAUCAGGAACCUCUUCCCCGAAACCCCGGCCCUUACACUAGCAAGCGUCGGCAGCCAUCCCAGGCUAGGAAGUGGAAGAAAAAGUCUACUUAUCUCGGCUGGCGCUCAUCGUCCCGACAACUUUGGGACUUUGGCGGUUUGCAUCGACCCUGGUCGGCGGCGCCCGUGA